GUGGGAUCAGCCGUUUGAGGGGGGCAGUUCCUCCUGCUGCCUGGGUGGUUUGCUUGGCCAAGUCCUUAGGGGAAGAGGGAGGGGUGCAGGAGGCCAGGGGAGCGGCUGGGAUUAACUCUGAAGAUGCCACAGCCUGCAGGUGGGCCCUUCGGGCAGCGCUUGGCCGCUUGACAGAAGAUGCACCACCUCCGAGCCAGCUGCCCCCAGGGGAGGUGGUUCUGGGAAAACCUGUGGGCAGUGCCCCCCAUCUCCCUGGGGGGUGGAAGGGCCCCGGAGGUUCCCCUGGACCUGAGCACUGGUGGGGUGUAGGCGAGAUCCUCCUCAGGGCAGCCAGUGUGAGGGAGGGCAGUGAGCACAGGUGUCCCCCUUGAUCCCUGCUUGUCCCAGCCUGCGGGGAUCCUGAGACAGAACCAGGCCCUCCCCUCCCCCCACAGGUGUUCCAGGUCACUGUCUCCGCUUUCCUGGGGCCUGGGCAUGGGUGUCCUCCCCUCCCCCAAGAAGCACCAUCCCCAAGGCCAGGGCAGCUCCAUCCUUGCCUUGGUCCUGGGUCCAGCAGGGCACUCUGAAGUGGCUCCCAGGCCCCUGUCCACCCUACCUGCCCCACCCCAGGGCAGCCUGCCCAAGACUCCUCCACUCCGGCCCCCAAGCACAAGUGACGCGCCCGCUGAGGCCCUGCCCCCACCCGCUCCGCUUCAGAGCCCCACUGUGAGGUCAGCGCCUUCCGAUGGGUUCCGUCCAGAGGUGUGUGGUGGGGCUGGGGGCUGGACAUGGCCCCCUGUCCCCAGCCUGACUCCUGCCUGGUUGGCAGCCCCCUUGGCCGGAUAUGUUUGUCCCUUUUGCUCAACCCUGCUGCAGCUGGGACGUACUGCGAGUGCAGCCUCGGCCUCAGCCGCGAGGCCCUCAUCGCCCUGCUCGUGGUGCUGGCGGGCAUCGGCGCCAGCUGCUUCUGUGCCCUCGUCAUUGUGGCAGUUGGUGUCAUGAAAGCCAAGAGUGAACCAUGCCCCAGACACAUGAACAGCAGGUUGGUGGGGCACUACGGGGUCCAGGAAGAUCGCAUGGAUCUACACACCGUGCAAGUGGGGCCUCACGUCAUGGACCCUGACCUGGAGGUCUCUAUGAUGCCACCCCUGGAGGAGCAAGGCCUCAUGACCGUCCCCAUGGACCCCAUGUCCCCAAACGUGACUGUAGUAGAGGAGCCGCCCCCUCUCGCCCCCCCAACCUGAGCAGGGCUGCAGGCAGCCUGGGGGAGGGGAAUUAAACAGUAUCGAGUGC